UCCGGUCUGGGGGUGGCGGCCUCAGAAGCAGCAGGAGAAGCAGGAGCCGCCUUUCCGCCGCCGGGGCUGGGCUGGGCUUCGCCUCGGCGGGGCGGUGACCGCGGCUGCUCCUCCUUUUCCUCCUCCUCCUCCUCCUCCUGUUCCUCCUGCUGCUGCUGCUCCUUUCCGAGGGGAUUCCUCUCCCCUUCCUUUCCUUCCUCCCUCUUCCUUCCUCCCUCUUCGCGGCCGACAUGUCGGGCCAGUCCAUCACGGACCGGAUCACGGCGGCGCAGCACAGCGUCACCGGCUCGGCCCUGGCCAAGGCCGUCUGCAAGGCCACCACCCACGAAGUCAUGGGCCCCAAGAAGAAGCACCUCGACUAUCUAAUUCAGUGCACAAAUGAGAUGAAUGUGAAUAUUCCACAGCUGGCAGACACCCUUUUUGAGCGGACGGCAAACAGUAGCUGGGUAGUAGUGUUCAAAGCUCUAAUUACAACACACGACCUCAUGAUGUACGGAAACGAGCGCUUCAUCCAGUACCUGGCAUCUCGAAAUACAUUGUUUAAUCUCAACAACUACCUGGAUAAAAGUGCAAUGCAGGGCUACGAUAUGUCUACCUUCAUCAGACGAUAUAGCAGAUACUUGAAUGAAAAAGCACUUUCUUAUAGGCUUGUAGCAGUUGAUUUCACCAAAAUGAAAAGAGGGAUUGAUGGUGUGAUGAGAACAAUGAAUACCGAAAAGCUUCUGAAGACCCUUCCGAUUAUUCAGAAUCAGCUCGAUGCACUGCUUGAUUUUGAUGCCAACCCUAAUGAACUAACGAAUGGUGUGAUCAAUGCUGCCUUCAUGCUCCUUUUUAAAGAUUCAAUUCGGCUUUUUGCUGCCUAUAAUGAGGGGAUUAUUAACCUGUUGGAAAAAUAUUUUGAUAUGAAGAAGAACCAGUGCAAAGAAGGUCUGGAUAUUUACAAAAAAUUCCUUGCCAGAAUGACCAAAUUGUCAGAAUUCCUCAAAGUGGCCGAGCAAGUUGGAAUUGAUCAGGGUGACAUUCCAGAUCUUACGCAGGCUCCCAGCAGUUUGCUUGAAGCAUUGGAGCAGCACCUGGCUUCUCUGGAAGGGAAGAAGACAAAGGAGCUUUCAGCUGCCAGCAGAGCCAGUACUCUGUCCAGUGCCGUCUCCACGCUUGCCAACACAGGAAUGUCCUUCAGUAAAAUGGACGAAAGAGAGAAGCAACAGGCGCUGGAGGAGGAGCAGGCGAGGCUGCAAGCGCUGAAGGAACAACGGCUGAGGGAGAUUUCUGUGGUGUCCAAUUCCACAUCUACGUCUGCCUCUCCAAGCACUUUAUCAGGGAAGAGUGUGAAUACCAAUUCUGCGGUGGACCUUUUUGCAACACCCGCACCGACCACCAAUAGCAUGCCCAACCUUUCUACCGAUCUCUUUGACCUUCAGCCUGCGUUUGUCCCAACGGUACAGAGCACACCCGCCAUAGCGACAUCCGCAAGCAGUGCCUGGGGAGGACCUUUCUCGUCUACAAACGGAUGUGUUGGGUCUCCGCCUCACCUAGACCUCUUCGAUAUGAAGCCGGUUGAAGAAGCUGUCAAAAGUAGCACACCUUUUGGAACAUCUGCCUUCCCCUCAAAACAAACAGUUGAACUGUUUAGUGGCUAUCCUGUUCCUGCAGCAUCACAGAAAACCGCCGGCUCAACCAUCAAUGUGGAUUUUGAUGCUGUGUUUGGUGGCAAGUCAACGGUGCCUGAGUUUAGAACUGCAACAGAGGAUGUAUUGCAGCCAGUAGUACCAGUACAAAACCAGAGAGGGGCUUUAAUCAGUCACCAAAGUGGGAAGAUUUUGGCCAACGAUCUUGACUCUUCGCUUGCUAAUCUUGUAGGAAAUCUUGGCUUUGGUGGAACGCCAUCCAAAAAGUCUGAUAUGCAGUGGAGUCAGCCUACAGAGAAGAAACUGACUGGGGGAACCAACUGGCAGGCCAAAACAAGCACCGCAACGACAUGGAACACGGUCCCGAUGCCUCCUGCGCCACAGAUGGUAACGUCUUCAGUACCUGCUCCAGUAACCUACCCAGUGAAUACACCUCAAGUGCCUCUGUAUGGAAUGGUACCUACACAGAUUGGAGCAACACCUAUUAUGGCACCCCAGCCUAUGAUUUAUACUCAAACAGGUCUAAGGCCGACAAAUCCUUUUGCACCUAUUUCUGGAACACAGAUACAGUUUAUGUAGAUCUGCCAAAGCAGCGAGACACUUUGACAACCAAAUAUUGGUAGAAAGGAGACGGGACUUGGAAGCGGCGGUCUUCACCAGGGCGCAUUACCUGCCUCCCCCUCCGUACAAUAUACAUUACUUUGAAUUGCUGUGCUUUAGAGAUUCUUAAUUACAACAGUCAACUAUGGUAUGAAAUCAUGUUUGGUUUUGAAUAGUGUGGAACGCCGAAAUGCGUUGACGCUGAAGGGUCAGCUGAGUGUGAAAAGAAAACCCCAACUUUUCCCUUUUAUUAAGGAAGAGCCAACUUGAGAGUUCCUUGCGGCAUUUCCAUCCGCCCGCUGGGCUACGGCGAGCCAGCGGAGGGUGCGUAGUAUGUCUAUUUAUUUCCCCCCGACGUCCGAGGCUGAUAGAAUCAUGAAGUCGAGCAAUAAACCUUGCAGAUACUCUCUCUUUGUAAGGGAGUGCCUGAUCAAAUACGAAUUUCGCCCUGCAUCAUGAACGCCGGUAUCGUGUGACUGCUUUUUCUCAUGUUAGACGAGCUUCUUCUAAUUCGCAAUUUUUGUACUGUGAGUUUAAAAAUGCUGUGAAUCGAUUUUUAACUCAAAUGUAGACCAUUCGUUGGGGGGUGGGGGUGGGAAAGAACCCCGAAUCAGCUGGCAUGGCAGCAAAAGGGUCUUCCUUUGCUGAAAGUGCGCUUUGUAGUCCGAGGGAAGUACGAUAAUAUUUGUAGUGCGUUUAUUCGUAUGAGGUGAAGUGUCCGGCACGGGUGGCCAUAUCUGUGCUUCCUUUAUGUACCAACAGCAGCAUUGAGCUAAGAGUUGCCUUUCGUAUCCCAGAAAGUAACGUCUAUAGGCAGCCUGGGAAGUACAAGAGUCUGGGAAGCUUUUUAAAGAACCCUUUUCUUUGGCCCUUUAUCGGAGAAGUAGGUUGGACAGCAUUUUCUUAGGGGCUCCUUAGUUACAUGCUGCACUUUAAGAACUGGAAAUUCGUAUUCCUGAAAAAACCCCUCUGUCCUUUGUUUCAUAAUCCUCAUUGUGUGGAAGAGGAACACACACAAAAGAGCAAAAACGUCGAAAGAACUUUGGGGUCCGGGGGUGGGGGUGGGGGGCAGGGUGUGAUUGUACAUAUUUGUAUACCUUUGAGUACAAAUUUUCUCCAGCGCUACAAAAACCUUUCUCUUCCUACAUACAUACACGAUGCAAA